CCACAAACGCUCCCUCCCCCUAAAAACUACUUUCUCUCUCUCUCUAAAACUCUCUCCUUGUUCUUCCUCCAAUGCCUGAAAUUCCCAUCUCUAGAAACCCUAAUCACAGCAGAAAGCUCCAUUUCUCAACAGAGAAUCGACCAAUUUCUGUCUCACUGUUUUUCCCAAUCAAAACCCCCAAAUUUUUAUUCUCAAAAUUGGUAUUUUGAAUGACCUAGAAUCAGAUAAACAAUCUUAACCUUUUUUUUCUUUUAUGUAUUUUUGUUGGUUUUGUGUUGGUUUGUUGGUUUGGGUUUAAUGGCACCAAGUAGGAGAAGAGGUGGCGGUAAAGCUUCUUCUACUGCUGCUGCCGCCGCUGCUGCUAAGAAACAAUGGAAAAUUGGAGAUCUCGUUCUGGCUAAGGUCAAGGGGUUUCCUGCUUGGCCUGCAACCGUUAGUGAACCAGAAAAGUGGGGAUACUCUACCGAUUGGAAGAAGGUGCUGGUAUACUUUUUUGGAACGAAACAAAUUGCCUUUUGUAACCCUGCAGAUGUUGAAGCGUUUACAGAAGAAAAAAAGAAAACUCUUUUAGGUAAGCGCCAGGGAAAAGGUUCCGAUUUUGUCCGUGCAGUAGAAGAGAUUAUUGAUUGCUUUGAAAAGUCAAAAAAGCAGGAAGGAGGUGACGAAGUGAACUCUGGUGAUGAAGGUACCGUGUCAAAUACUGGGGUUGGUGGAGGUUCAAUUGACAAAUCAUCAGAGAGGAAUCAGAGAAAAAGUCCGAGUAUAAUGAUGCACAAAUACAAUGGAAGCUUAUGUACAUCUGCUGAUAGAAAUGGGUCCCAUAAUCCUGUUGAAGUCCCUGUUUCUGCAAUUGAAUUAACUGAUCUUCAGUCUGAAGAGCCUGCUGCGGAUACCAUGGUUCCUGAUCAUCCUAAAGAAAAAAAACUGUCUGCUUCAAACUUUUCGAGAAAGAGAUCUAGAGAAAAACCUUUUCAGAAUCAUCAGGUCGUACAGAAAAGAGCAGUUAGAAAGUCUAGAAGUUCAGUAAAGGUUGAUUCAAGCAAUUUCGAAACACUGAUCAUGGCUGUAGAUGAUGUCAGUAAGAAUGACGAUGAUGAUGAUUAUGAAGUUCCUAAUGUAAAAAGGAAUAGACGGAUCAGGAAAACUCUUCUUGAUGACGCUGUUUGGCAUGAUACAGUGUCACCUGUCUGUUUGGCAACUUGUAUAUCUAAUGAUAGCAGUGGAGAUAAUACUUCUGAGAUAGUUGCUACCAACUCUGAUACAGUCAGUUUGAAUGAGGGCAGUACAUUAGAAUCUACUUGCAAAUCUGAAAACCCUGAUCCUGCUGAAGAUUACAUCAAUGGAGAUGUUCAGGUGUGUGCAACACUUCAUGUCCAGGCUAAGGCGCUUGUCAUUAAGAAGAGAAGGAAACUUAAUAGGAAAAGAAUCCCUCAUUCUGCACCCAGAAUUCCAGCCAGCCCUGGCAAAGUGUCCGUUGUGAAUGUUAAGGGUGAAAACACCAUUUCUAUUUCGCAUAAUGCUACUGAAAAAGUAACUGAAAGUUAUUGGAAGGCAGAUGGUGAUGAGCACUUGCCACUGGUAAAACGAGCCAGGGUCCGUAUGAGUAAAAUGCCCACAGAGGAGAAAGAAACUCAUGGUUCAAUAUGCACUGAUGAUAAAUCCUCAAAGGAGGCCUCGGUGAAUAACUCUGUUUCAGUGUUCUCUGGUUGCUUAAGUAGUUCUCUUAAUGGAACAACAUCCUUGGAGAUGAAAGGAGCUGGAAAUGGUUCAUCAUCAACAACUAGUUCGAAUCGAUGUACUGCAAAUGAGCCUCCGGCUUGGAAGCCCAAGAAAUUUCAGUUUCGUGGCUGCUCAGUGGAUGGUGAAGCUGCUUUACCACCAUCAAAGCGACUUCAUCGAGCUCUUGAAGCUAUGUCUGCCAAUGUAGCUGAGAAUGUCCAAGAGGGAAAUACUGAAAACCAGGGAGUGUCAGUAACAGUAUCUUCUAAUGGAGGCUCUAGUUAUCAGGAGAAGGGUUCUUCUCAGGCGGCCAUGAACAAAGAAGCAGAAAAUAGCAAAAUAGGGAGUGUCUUCGAGGCCGGGGAUGCCGAACAUUCUUGUGAUGAAGGUAGAAAUAUGAGCGGCAGGUCUGAAAUGAUUGGUAGUUUGACUUCACCAUCUUGUGAGAUGCCCACCAGAGCUUCUUCAGAAGAGAAAUCUUGUGAGCGCAAGGAAAUGUCGUCAGAGGCCCAUAGUUCUAAGAUUGUCAUCGAUCUUGAUGACGCAUCUUUUGAUACUCGAUCUAGGGAAACUGAGUUCCCCAUAGAACCUUCCCAACCUUCCCAUGUCUUCAGUGAGAAGCAUAACAAAUUGGAAUUGACUCUUGGUGUGAUAGAUCCUUGUAAACUAUCACCGAUGGACCUGGAUGAUUUGAGCAUACCUAGCAACCAGUGCUCUGUUGACAGACCAAAAGUGCGCGACCUACCUCCUCUCACGGAUCCAGACAGGGAAAAUGGUACCUCAAGAACGGAGGUCUGGAGUUCGAAACCUGCUCCAGAAGCUAAAGAUUAUCCCAGGGUUUCACCUGCAAGCCAUAGUAAUCUGCUUCUAUCUGGUGGCAGAUCUUGUCUAGAUACUAAGUUUUCAGAAUCUCCAUCAGAUGAAAACACUGAAGUUGCGGACAUGUGUGAAGUUGUGAGAGACGUUCAGGAGGAACUAGUAGUGGAAGCUGUUGAUGCUCCUUCAUCUGAGACAACGAUGAAGGGUUUAAUUGCCGCUGCACAGGCUAAAAGGCAAUUACCUCGUACCACUUCUCUUUCAGACGAUCCUGUAGAUGAUAAAGUUGUCUCUGAUACUACUUUUAGCCCGUUCACAAACAAUAGGUUGAGUUUUCUGGAGAAAGUGACUCCACAUAAUUCCUCGAUUUGCCAUCUGCCUACCUUGGAUAAUCAUAAUAAUCAUCUUCUACACAAUGGUAGCGGAAGUCCAGAAGUGCCUCCACACUGUAAGAAACCUUGCCAUGUAUUGGAGAUGGACAAAGAAGGGAAGAUGGAGCCUGUGGUAUCUAAUGGGCAGCUUUUGAGUAAAGGUAAUGCAUGUGAAACAAGUUCAGCUCGGAAAUUGUUUGAGGGAUUUCUUGGAACAUUAUCAAGGACGAAGGAUAGUAUUGGUAAAGCAACACGUCUGGCAAUUGACUGCAUAAAAUGUGGCAUUGCUGGUGAGGUUGUGGAAAUUCUUGCUCGAAGUUUAGAAAACGAAUCAAAUUUGCCCAGAAGAGUUGAUCUUUUCUUUCUGGUGGAUUCUAUUACUCAGUGUUCCCGUGGUCAAAAAGGCAUCUGCUUGGAAGGUGACACCGGGGACGCAUUCCUUUCGGCAGUCCAAGCAGCGCUUCCGCGUUUGUUAGCUUUUGCAGCUCCUCCUGGUCCUGGAAGUGUUGCAAGAGAAAAUCGAAAGCAAUGCCUAAAGGUUUUAAAACUCUGGCUUGAAAGGAAAACCCUCCCAGAAUCCGUCAUCCGCCACCACAUGCAGGAGAUUGAUUCUGCUGAUGCACCCUUUAUAGGUUCAUCUUCGCGGCGCCCCUCAAGGACAGAAAGGUCGUUGGAUGAUCCUGUUAGGAAAAUGGAGGGCAUGCUUGUCGAUGAAUAUGGAAGCAAUGCAAAUUUUCAGCUAGCAGGAAUUCUUAUGCCUCGUAUGCUUGAAGUUGAAGAGGAAGGAAGUGAUACCGAUGAGAAGAGCUUUGAGGCUGUUACCCCUGAGCAUGAGCAGCCUGAAAUCCAUGGAGAGAGGGAAGCAACCCCUACAUCUAUUCCCACUAUAAAGCACCAUCAUAUUUUAGAAGAUGUUGAUGGUGAGCUGGAAAUGGAGGAUGUUGCUCCUUCAUGCAUAGGUGAUAUAGAUUCUGUGCAUAUUUCUCAGGGUCAAUAUGAGCAGCGUCUUCAGUUGCCUUUUGCCCCACCGCUCCCAGAAGAUAGGCCACCAUCUCCUCCUCCACUGCCCAGUUCUCCGCCACCAUUGCCUUCAUCCUCGCAGUUGUUCCCACUACCACCACCAUUACCUUCAGUUCAUUCCUUCGCGGACAAUGCGGAUCCAAACUACUAUGCAAAUACAUGCAGUUUGCAAAGCGGCUUGCAGCUACCUACCCCCCACCAACCAGGCACAGGGAAUGCCAACUCCUUGCCUUCGGAUACAGUGCAUACACAUUAUUAUGGGUACAAAGAGUUUGUGCCGCCGAUGCAAAGACCUGGUUUGUCUAGCUCCUCAGAUCCCAGCUGCAGUUUUCCUGGACCUCCCCAUACUCCGUUACAAACUGGGAAUAACGCUCAACAUAUAGAUGGGGCAGCAGCAUUGCAUAAUAAGAAUUACCACCUACAGCCACCACCUCCGAUGCUCUCAAAUCAGUUCUCUUAUGUUCAGGCAGACCAGAGAGCGCAUUCAUGGAUGGAAGCUUCAUCUUCUUCCUUCACCAAGAGAUUCCAGUUUGGGCAUGAUAUGCAUAGGGAUAAUAUGUAUGACAGCAGCCAAGAAAGAAUGCAACAUGAGAUUGACGAGAGAUGUAGAUUACCUCCUCCACCUAUUCAUCCAGGACCUGUACAUUCUGACAAUACUGACUCUUCAUAUGCUCCUUCAUACUAUGGUCGCGAAUGGUCUUAUCCUCCUAGAUCGUUAAAUUAUCGGCACUCUACACCUCAUAGACGACCUGAAAUUUCAGGAGAAAAUGGAGCUUCAAACUUCUGGAGACCAAGAUAAUGCUUUGUCAAGAGAUAGAAUUAGUGGUUUGGACUAUUUUUGAUCUGGAUAUGCGGCUUCUUCUGAGGAAACCAUUUGCUUUCUGUAAGAGAGUGUGAUACGGGGAGGAGGAUGCAUCACUGAAGUCCAUUGCUUCUAUCUACCCCAUUGUACAUAUGUAUUUAUCACCAUCAUUCUGCAUUAAUGCAGAAUCAGAAGAAACAGUUCUCGUGGAGAGAGCUGUGCUCUAGUUGUAGGCUUAUGUAUCAAUCAAGUUCAUAUUUGUAUCAUUAGUUUUUCAAUGUUCAUAGGGAAUGCUACACCCUACCAAUGGUAGUUUCUUUACAUAGCUUGGGCCAUUUCUUUUUUUACUAAUUUCUUAACAAAGUUAGUGUUGAUUAUAAGGAUUCUUACUUAUCCUUUAUGUUAAUGAAGUUGGUUUAACAUUGAUAUUUCAAAGCUAUCAAAGGGACUUGGUCUUCU